AUGCUGGCGCUGCACAGAAUAAAAAGAAUAAGCAACGCCCAUCGCCUACUGCUGAACGAAGAGAGAAACAAGAUUCACGUGCCCAUACAUGAGCAUGAAGAGUUCCUACCAAACAAUAACAGCAAAGCGUGCAGGAAUAAGUACAAAAAGGUAGGCAAUCUGCACAGAAUCAUCCACAACGGAGUGCUAAAAGGGCACAGAAAUGUGUAUUUUUACAAAUGCCUACUGCGAAUUGCGGAGAAGAGGAGAAAUGAUCUGAGUUUACACCAAAUAAAUAUAAUUUUAAAAGCACUCCUACAAGGCAAGAUUUACCGAUAUGUCUCAUUUCACUCGUUUGAGAUGCCCAUUUUGAAUCACCUAAACUGGUUGAGCCGAUUGAUUAACCAUGUGGAGGAAGGUAGCUUUAGUGGGAGAGGAAAAACUCAGCAGAGCAGGAACGAACCCCUCACGAUCAGUCACGCUGAUCACACUAACGGGAAGGCAGCAGAUAAGUACAAGAAAUUCCUUUUCAGGGACCCAAUACACACGUUAGGAAAACCCCAGCUGAGGGAGGGAGACCCUUCCAAAGUGAAGGAAAUAAUUUCAGACCAAUUCGACAUCAUAGUUGAUAUAUUAAGAAGCUACUUAAAAGUUCUGAAUUUCGAUUUCUGCUUUUUAAGCCAAAGGAUGUUCUUCUUCAUAAUUACAAAUUGCCAGUACCUACCGCCUGGGCAGAAUUUAAUGUCCAUUUGGGGCAUGUACGUGAAAAGAGUUUUCACCAAUCACCGCGGGGUGAGCCCGAAGGAUGUGUGUCCUCCCCAAAUGGGUACAAACGAACAAUUCGGUGGAGAUUCCACUGCGUAUCUUUUUACCCCCCCCGUUAGUGCACCCCCAGGGGAAGGAGCAGCAAUGGGUAAGCUAUAUAAAUAUAAGUACACUCAAAACAUUCACGCAAAGACCGUGAGAAACUACACCCUUGCUUUUAAAAAUGAGAAAAGGAAGAAACGGGGAGGAAAAAAGGAACAUUCUUGUACCCCCCUAUUUUGUAAAAACGGAAAUCUCACUCUUUGCAAAUAUAUGGUCAUGCUCAUUUUGAAGCAGGACAAAUUAGCUACCUACUGCAAGCUGGUAAAACAGAAAAGGAUACAAAAAAGGCCACAUUACAAAAAUGCAUACCUUUCAAAUGGCUAUUUGUACAAAAUGAAGAACACAAACAUGGUGUUGGAUUUCCAGUCGACGAAGUAUUUAAUUAAAGUAGCGUUCGUGCACAAUCGGGCAUUCCUCCGAGAGGAAGGGUUCCCCAAGGAUUUGGUCACGAAUAGACAAUUCCUGCGCAGCGUUUCCAACUGGAUGUCGAAGCUCAACGUGAAGUGUCGCCUCCUUAGCGGGGGUAUAAACCGGGAUUGA